AUGUCCUUCUGGCCAUUUGGUUCAACUAAUUCGGAAUCAGAAAUUGAUACGAUUAUUAAUAAUUAUUUAGAAACACUACGUUCAGUAGAGCAUUUUGAAAAUAUUUCCACUACAAUUGUUCAACGAAGGCAUAGCAGUAGUCAUACUAUCGGUCAUGCGGGACCUUCUAUGAUCACUAGAUCACAUUCCCCUGUGUAUAGUUCGCAUUCUAUUGCAAGUGAUGAAGAUGAGAUAUAUGGAUCCCCAAAUCAUUUACAUAUUGCUGAUCCUAAAGGUAUAAUUAAUAUGAAAGAACGAAGAUCAAAUAGACCCAGUUUUUCUAGUUUGUUUAAAAAUAAUGAAAUGGGUAAGCCAUUUCAACCUUUGCCCUUGGGGACCCUCAACAAUUAUUAUAUAGAUCAAAUACGUAAAGAACCAACGCUAGUUGAUAGAUUGGUACGACAGGAUAAAAAGUUGAUGGAUUUUAUUUGUUUUGGUUAUUUUUACAAACAAGCAGAUAAAAAUGAGUACGAAGUGGAAGAUGAGGAUAUUGUUGUCGGUGGAGAGGAUAUAUGGACGAAAGUUUAUCAUAUAGAUUAUUUGAUAGACGUCAUGUUAAGUUGUUUAGAUGAUAUCGAUGGAACUUAUCCAUUUGGUUCUGAGGAUCCACCUUAUUCAGAAGAUACUGAAAUUGAGAAUGAUGAUUUUAUAGACCCUAUCACAAAGAAAUCCUCAUCAAAGAAUGAAACGCAGGACUCAAAUUUUAUAAAAUCUGGUGCAAAUGAUACUUUAGAUCGAUAUACGCAAUUACUCAGAAUAUCAGAUAUUAUUACUUUAAAUAUUCCUAUUGUUCAAAAGAUAAUUUUGGAAAGUUCAGAUAGAAUGCAAAAAUUAUGGUCUAUUAUAUAUCAUUCUAAAAUAACUUCAGAAAACUCUAUUCAAUUGACAAUUUUUUUAAAGAUCCAAGAUGGUUUAUUAGCAAAUGCAAGAAAUUCAUAUUUGAAUUUUAUAAGAAAUAAACAAUCAUUAGUUCAGGAUAUAUUUCUUCACGAUGAUUUACCUACAAUAUUUGAUUUCCUAUUACGUUUGAUAUGUACAGACAAGCCAGAUGAUUCUACUGGCAUUAUUGACUUAUUGGAGACACAAGGAUUGAUGACUAAAUGUAUGAACUAUUUCAGAGACCCUAUGUAUUCUGAUAGACAAAAAACAUCUGUUUGUGAUUUCUUAAAACAAUUAAUUGGAAUAUCAGUAAACAUUCUUGUAAAUGAUAUAUCAAUAGGCCCAAAUAAUUUAACAAGAUUUCUAGUUUUAGAGGAAACUAUGGAGACAUUCAUUCAAAUUUUGUUGGAACAAGAAAAUACGAUACUUUGCAAUAUUGUUGUUCUCGUAAUCGAAUUGAUUAGAAAAAAUAAUUCAGACUUCGAUUCGACCCUCCUCUUAGAGACAACUAUUCUGAAGGAUCCCCCUAAUAAAAGGGACCCCUUAUAUUUGGGUCAUUUAUUGAAAGUUUUCACUAAGCAUUUGCCUGAGUUAUUAAACAUAAUUUGGACUAUGGACGCUCCAGACAACAAAUUCUUCGAGACUCAAACAGGAUAUAAAUAUAAAAAAAUCGGCUUAGUUAGAAUUAAAAUCAUUGAGUUGAUAGCAGAGCUAUUACAUUGCUCAAAUAUGGAAUUAAUGAAUUCAAAGACUGCAGAACUUAUUGCAGAAGAAAGACAAAGCUAUAGGAAGUCGGUUACUAAAGAAAUUAAUUGUCUCUUGGACGGCGAGUGUACCACCGGUACUUUAGUGGAAGAGCAAGGUCCAUUUACUUAUAAUAACAGUACUGUUGAAAAUGAUAAUCUAACUACUAGUGAUAACACAAGUGAAUCUUCUUUUGACAAACCAUUUAUAUCUAUGGAAAAUAAUAGAAAAAUACGAAAAAUGAAAACUAUAGGUGAUGCAUUUAAAAUAAUGUUGUUUGAUUAUGAAGUAAUACCCAAAAUUUUAAAAAUUUUCCUUGAACAUCCUUGGAAUAAUUUUUGGCAUAACGUCACAUUUGAUAUUAUUCAACAGAUACUCAAUGGAAGACCUGAUUCCACUUAUGGUCCAUUUCUGUUGUAUUCCCUAUUUUGUUUAAAGGACUCCAGGAAAUAUAAUCUCAUUGGUGCACAAGAGAAUAAUUUAUCAGACUUUAAUAUUUUACAAGACUUUAUAUUGUGUGCAUACAAAAACAGUUAUCAAUAUUAUAUGAAGAAUUCCAUGACAUUAGGAUAUAGUGGACAUAUCUUACUUAUCGCAGAGGACCUCACGGUAUUUUCGAAUACUUUUGACACUAAGGGUAUUGCACCGAUGGUAUUUGACCGACUAAUGGAUGAGAAAUGGAAAACGCUCUCCAAAGAUAUAUUAGCAAUUACAAAAACCAUGUGCAUAAAAAUCUUAGGGGGUGGUGAACGUAUUGAAGACCAAAAUGGUAAUAUCACACUACAGAUAUACGAUAAUGAUCGUACAACAAGCACAAAUGAAAAUAACGAACAGCAGCAUAACAUCGAGCCUGAUUAUCCAACUCAGGCAACUUUGAUUGAUAGGAUCGGAACCCUUUUCUAA